UUAGUUGGUUUUUAGUCGUGGAGGAGGUUGUAACGAACUCUUUUAACAAAUUUUACAACCUUGCCCUUUAUUUAUAAUUUUUUUCCUAUCUUAAUUUAAUUUGUAACACACUCUCAUAUAAUAGUGCAAAUCAUCCCCUUCAAACUUUCAACCUGUGCAAUUUUAAUUCCCGAAAAGUCGACGUAUUUCUCUCGGUAGUGAAUCCUUUUACAAAAGUUAGUGUCAUUAAAAUAUCUUAUUGUUAAACAGUUUAAUAUUACCGUGAAUAAUUUGUGUGUAAUAAAGAAUUGGAUGUAAAUGUUUGCUUUAAUUCCAUCAUAAUUAAAUUUGAGGUUAGUUCGUGUUUGAUGUAUGAGUGUGAAAAGCCGUGCAGUUUUUUAAUUUAAAAACGUAUCCAGCUCACGAAAAACACGUUGUGAUAAUAAUCCAUCGAUUAGUAUAAAUACUCUGUGCGUCAACUGCAGUGCUAAUGAACUUUGGAAAUAAACAAAUGAGUGCAAGUUUUACGGUGGAAAUUGGUAAUUAAUCAAGCGAACUGGUGCAAUAUUUGAUGGCUGUGGUCGGCCCGAGCCGCCACUCGAGAGUGUCCAUGUCUGUGUCGAUGAGCCUCAUGCAGGGAGCUGCAGGCCCCACCGCCGGAGGACAACAGGGUGGCCUCCACGCCGCCCAGCCUUACUACCAUCCCCAACAUGCCGCCGCGCCGGCCCAUACCCAGGAACAAGUACAACCAGAUCGACCCAUCGGCUAUGGUGCUUUUGGAGUUGUUUGGGCGGUAACGGACCCACGAGACGGCAGAAGAGUGGCACUGAAGAAGUUACCAAAUGUGUUUCAGUCGCUUGUGUCAUCGAAGAGGGUUUUUAGGGAAUUGAAAAUGCUGUGCUUUUUCAAACAUGAGAACGUAUUAUCAGCUUUAGACAUUUUACAACCUCCACAUCUAGACUUCUUCCAAGAAAUAUAUGUAAUUACUGAACUUCUUCAAAGUGACCUACACAAAAUAAUAGUUUCACACCAGCCACUCUCCUCGGACCACAUAAAAGUUUUCCUGUAUCAAAUUCUUAGAGGUUUGAAAUAUUUACAUUCGGCUAGAAUACUACAUCGAGAUAUCAAACCUGGAAAUUUACUUGUAAAUAGCAACUGUGUUCUUAAGAUCUGUGAUUUUGGUUUAGCACGCGUAGAAGAGCCCGAUUCGAGCAAGCACAUGACACAAGAGGUAGUGACACAAUACUAUAGGGCGCCCGAAAUAUUAAUGGGCGCGAAACACUAUACGGCCGCAGUGGACGUAUGGUCAGUCGGAUGUAUCUUCGGCGAACUUCUCGGUAGACGUAUCCUAUUUCAAGCGCAGAAUCCCAUCCAGCAGUUAGAGUUGAUCACCGAACUGCUGGGGACGCCGUCGCUCGACGAUAUGAGAUACGCGUGUGAGGGUGCUAAGUCGCAUAUGUUAAGAAGGGCACCGAAACCUCCAGCUUUAACCGCACUUUACAGUUUAUCUGCACAGGCGACACACGAAGUUGUACAUUUACUAUGUCAAAUGCUCGUUUUUGAUCCCGAUAAACGAAUAUCAGUAGUCGAUGCGUUGGCACAUCCGUACUUAGACGAAGGUAGAUUACGGUACCACUCCUGCAUGUGUAAGUGUUGCUAUACCACCGCCAGCGGAAUGAGACAAUACACGACGGAAUUUGAAACGACCGCGCCGCAACCCUUCGACGACAACUGGGAGAAGAAGCUCACGUCGGUUCAACAGGUCAAAGAGGAAAUGCAUAAGUUUAUAGCGGAACAACUAAAUACAAGUAGGGUACCGUUGUGUAUAAAUCCACAAUCUGCGGCAUUCAAGAGUUUCGCCAGGAAGGAAAAAGUUUGCAUCCCUUUCAAGAAGACCCUUGAAAUUCUGUUAUCACCCGUCAUCUUUCUAUGUGCCGCGUGACGCUUUUUAUUAGUUCUACAGUGGCGCAUCCGUCAGAACUACCGCCUUCGCCGCAUCAAUGGGACUGACCUUGGAAUAAUCGUAGGUAACAUGGUAUUUAUCAACCUGCAAUUCUGUUUGCCAAAUUCUUCAUUUCGUAACGUGAUAAACAAGUGUUCAUUUCUCCGCUGAUUUAGUUUACCGAGAGAGCUUCAGUAAUAAGUAACAGUACACCAAAUGUUAAUUCAGGGAUAAAAGCAAAACGCAAAAAAAUAAACAAUGUUUGUACUACAAAAAAAAAUGGACUCAGUGUGUUUCGUGUGUAUAUUAGUCGCUCAGAGUGUGUGAUUGUUAAUGUACCAAGUAGAUCUGCCAACAUUUAGAAGUGUACAGUUCUCACUGCCUUUUCUUAGUGAUAGUAGGUAUACAUAUUGUUUAGUUUGAUAAGACUGGGAUGGUUUUGUAUUAAUUCUGAAGCAUCUUUUCAAUUUCCUUUUCUAGUUUACACUCUUCCUUCCUAAUCUUAAAACAAUUAGAAAUUUGUAGAUUAAUUGAAAAGUUGCUUCCAAAAACACACCACCAACUGACGUUCGAGAUUAGAUUAAUUUAUGUAACAUUUAAGACUGUAUAUACAUAGACCAUAGCGUAAUCAACUUAAGUGUGCAGCUCUGUGAAAUUUUCAUCAUAGUGAAAUAAAUGUGAAAAAUUUACACGUAGAACUGUAGUGUAAAGUGUAAUAAUUGGUGUAAGUGUGCAAUGAAUUAUGAUAGACUGCCGUGAUACAUAUAAAAAUGCAUUUAACCGUUUUAAUACUUUUUAAACUUUUCGUCGCAGGUAGCGAAUUUUCGUUUAGGUAAUUUUAACAAAACAAACAUAGAUUUUAAUUCGGUGGUAUUUUGUCACAAAUUGUGCAAUAAAAUUGGCAAAUUCUUCUCUUUUAUAUGAC